GGACAGCCGUCAGCGACUCCCGCCGGCCGCGGGCUGCGCAGAAGGACUCCGGGGCGCCCGCGAUGGAGGCGGUGACCUUCGAGGACGUGGCUGUGAACUUCUCCCGGGAGGAGUGGGCGCUGCUGGAUCCGCCCCAGAGGAAGCUCUACGGAGACGUGAUGUGGGAGACCCUGAGGCACCUGGCCGCCGUAGAACGAAACUCUGAUGGUCAGCAAUUGGAAGAUAAGUACAGACAUUAUAGGAAACGUCUAAGAACUGAAGAGCUGGAGCAAUCCUGUGAACAUACAUUAUGGCAUAAACAUGAAAUGGCUUCUCAGACUCCAGAUACAGAUACGCACCUGACAGUCGCUGGUACCAAACCAGGUGAAAGCCUUUCCUCUAGAAAGGCUCUGUCUGGUUCCUCACCAGCAGAUGGGCCCACCAUGGCUGACACUGCACUCAAGCUAUGUGAGCAGCUGGGAUUGCAAGAGAAACUUCCUACCUGUUACAAACUUGGCAAAGCCUGCACAAAAUCCCAAUUUUUUCAGAAAUACACAAAAACAUGUCCUGGGGAGAAAUUCCAUAAAUUUAUGCUAUGUGCAAAGUCCUAUUUUGAUUGCACUGAAGAAAGUAACACUGAAGAGAAGCCAGAUAUCAUGUCAUUCAUUACACCCAAUGAUGUUCAAACUGGGGAAAGAAGUUGCAGUAAAGUGAGUACGUAUAAAUGUAUACCAUGGGGAAAAAGUUUUAAUUCUCACCACAAUGAUCAGACGUAUCAAAAAGCUCACUCUGGAGAAAAAGCCCACGUAUAUAAUAAACACCAUGGAAAAUCCUUCACUAACAAUUCAUUGAGUAAUCAUGAAAGAAGUCUCGGUGGUGAGAAACCAUAUUUAUGUAACCAAUGUGGGAAAGCUUUCAGCAGAAAAGAUAACUUGCGAAUGCAUGAAUGGACUCACACGGGGGAGAAGCCCUACGUAUGUAGCCAGUGUGGGAAAGCUUUUGGUACCCAUUAUAGUUGUCAAGUUCAUGAAAGAAUUCACACUGGGGAAAAACCCUAUAUAUGUGAGCAAUGUGGGAAAGCUUUUAGCAGAAAAGAUAAUUGGCAAAUGCAUGAACGGACCCAUACUGGGGAGAAACCCUAUGUAUGUAAUCAGUGUGGGAAAGCUUUCAGCAGACAAGAUAAUUGCCAAGAACAUGAAAGGACCCAUAGUGGAGAGAAACCCUAUGUAUGUCAGCAAUGUGGGAAAGCUUUCAGAUCACACAGAAAUUGCCAAAGACAUGUACAGACUCACUCAGAGGAGAAACCCUAUGUUUGUAAGCAAUGUGGAAAAGCUUUUGUCAGACACAGAGAUUGUGAAACACAUGUGCGGACUCACACUGGGGAGAAGCCCUAUGUAUGUAGACAAUGUGGGAAAGCUUUCAGCACACGUGGUGUGUGUCAAAAACAUGAACGGACGCAUACUGGGGAGAAACCCUAUGUGUGUAAUCAGUGUGGGAAAGCUUUCAGCAGACAAGAUUGUUGUCAAGAACAUGAAAGGAUCCAUAGUGGGGACAAACCUUAUGUAUGUAAGCAAUGUGGGAAAGGUUUCCUCACAUAUCAUAAGUGUCAAGUACAUGAAAGAAUUCAUACUGGGGAGAAACCCUAUGCCUGUAAGCAAUGUGGAAAAGCUUUCAGGACAAGUGGUAUUUGUCAAACUCAUGAACGGACUCACACCGGGGAAAAACCAUAUGUAUGUACACAAUGUGGGAAAGCUUUCAGCAGAAAGGUUGGUUGGAAAAUACAUGAAAGGACUCACACAGGUGAGAAACCUUAUGCAUGUAAGCAGUGUGGCAAAGCUUUCAGCACAAAUGCUGUUUGUCAAAACCAUGAAUGGAGUCACACAGGAGAAAAACCCUAUGUAUGUCAGCAAUGUGGGAAAGCUUUCAGUAGACAAUAUAAUUGUCAAGAACAUGAACGAACUCACAGAGGAGAGAAACCCUAUGUAUGUAAGCAUUGUGGGAAAGCUUUCAGCAGAAAAGCAGUUCAGAAAAUACAUGAAAGGACUCACACUGGGGAGAAACCUUAUAUAUGUAAGCAUUGUGGGAAAGCCUUUGUCAGACACAGAGAUCGUGAAGCACAUAUAUGGACUCACAUGGAGGAGAAACCCUAUGUAUGUAAGGAGUGUGGAAAAUCCUUUAUCAGACACAGAGACUAUGAAACACAUGUACGGACUCACACUGGGGAGAAACCUUAUGUAUGUAAACAAUGUGGGAAAGCUUUCAGCACAGGUCGUGUUUGUCAACAACAUGAGCGGGCUCACAGUGCUGAGAAACCCUAUGUAUGUAAACAUUGUGGGAAAGCUUUCAGUAGACAAUAUACUUGUCAAGAACAUGAAAGAAUCCACAGUGGAGAGAAACCCUAUGCUUGUCAGCAAUGUGGGAAAGCUUUCAGAUUGCACCAACAUCAUCAACGACAUGUACGGACUCACACUGGGGAGAAAAAAUUUGUAUGUAAGCGAUGUGAGAAAGCCUUUAGCACACACAGAGAUUGUCAAGAACAUGAAAAGACUCACACUCCAGGAAAUAACUUAUGAA